CUCGAUUUGGAAACUUUCAAUUUUUUGGACAACAUUUUCAGUCACGUUUUUCAGGCUGAAAAUGUGUUCGCAACUAUUGCCUUGGUGUUUAACACCAUUAAUUUUUUAAUCUCAAUUCAGAAGUCUCUGAGAACAAGUUCCAUGAAUGUUCUGAUUACUGAAAUUGCAUUUUGCGAUUUGACAGCUGCUAUCUCAAUUUUGGGAAAAGGAAUUUUGACAUUGGCAUAUUAUAAAAACCCUUGCAAAAACCAAUUCAGUUAUUUUCAUCAAUUAACUUCUCAAAUUCUACUUUUCGCUUCCGAAAACGCGGUUCAUAUUUCUUUUUGGCUCGCCAUAUUCCUGGUACUCAUUCGAUUGCUCAUCCUUAAAACUGGCUCUAACAAUCUCUCUAAACCUUUCAUCGGGUUCAUUUUGUUUUUCAUAACUGCUUUUGUAAAUUUGGGUGUUUCUGGAAAUUUGUAUAAAAAAACGACUGUAAUUCCACUAAAAAAUUUAUGGAAGCCAUCACCGAAUUGCUCAGGUUAUCCGGAGGGAUAUUCAGAGAAUGAAUACUAUUUUAAUUGGAUUGAAGAAGAAAAUGAGCUUUUUUUGUUUUAUUUGAGAAAUUUGAAAAAAAAUAUUCAGACUGCUAUAAGUGUGAUCUAUCCUAUUAUAGCACUAUGCCUCUACGUGCUUAUCAGGAAAUCAGCAAAUCGAAUUUCGGAUUCAAAUCGAGAUAAAUUUUUGAACAGAGUUCGUACCAACCGACUAAUCCUAUAUCUAACCCUAUCGUAUCUCAUUUGCACUGCACCGCGUAGCUGUAUAUGGCUAAUUCAAGCAUUUGUUCGAAUAGCUAAAAGAUCUGUUCUGGAGUUGCUCGUUGGUUACGGUAGUAUUCUAGUGUCCGUAUUAUUUUUCCUAAACACUUCUAUUCAACUUUUAAUAUGUUGGUCGUUGUCGUCAAACUAUCGAGAAGCUGCUAGAACGCUUUUU